GUUCCUGAUUCUCUGCGGGUUCUUUCCUGCUGAAGACAAUUCUCUUCCUGUUCCAGCCUGCGAUUGCGGGGCUGAGCCCAGGGCCCUAAUGGUUUGGGCCCCAGCCUCAUGGGUGGAAUGCACCAGCCACCCCCAGGCUAGACGAGGGGACUCAGGGUCAGGGUGGGCAUUUGUUGUGCCCCUUUUCGACCUUUGUAGGCCAGAGCUGGGUGAGGGGCUGGACAAUGAGCCUCCUCUUCCUUGAAGGAAGGAAUCUUGGUAGAGACAAUAAGGCCCUGUCUGCUCUGGCAUGGGGGGCGGUGGCUGACUCAAUUCUGCCCCUUCUCCGCCCCCCAGGCGCUAAUAAAUGUCAUCAAGAAAUGGGGGCAAUUUUUCCCUCAGUGCCCUGGGCAGCCUCCCCAACCUCCCCCACCUUUGUGGUAUCUCGCCCUUCUUUCUUUCCUCAGCUGAUCUUGCCUUUUCUCCCAUGACCUAACCCUACUUUCUUCUCUGCCAGCUCUGCCUCUCCUUGCCCCUCAGUUCUUCCCAUCUGUGUUGGGUUGAAGGGCGGAGGGCAAAGGCCAGGUGUUUCAAAGCCAGUAGCCUCUGUUGACUUGGGGGAGUUCCAAAUAAGGGGUCUCAGGGUUGAGAAGAAACUUCUAGGGGGCUCUUUACUUGGCUGCAGGGGGUGGGGGUGAAGGUCAGUGGGGAUUUGGACCCCACCGAAUUGACCAAGCUCCAGCUAUGGGAGGAGGCUUAUGGGAGGGGGCAGGGAUGGGAGGGCUCUGUCUGGCCCAGCCCCUCCUCCCCUUUGCAGCCCGCCCACUAGUCUGAGCGGCUGCUGCUGAGGCUGGUUGGCCUGAAGUCUCCCGGAGAAAGGCAAAGACAGCUGGCAGUCUGAAGUCAAGGAGAAUCAUGGGGUCCAGGGCUGAGCAGUACACUGUCUUAGGCGGACUCUGGUUCCUCCUGCUACUGAUGACAGGCGAGGGGGCCAAGGGUGGAGCCCUCAAAGAGAGUCAGGGGGUCUGCUCCAAGCAGACCCUGGUGGUCCCACUCCGUUACAAUGAGUCCUACAGCCAACCUGUAUAUAAGCCCUAUCUGACCCUGUGCUCUGGAAGGCGUGUCUGCAGCACCUACAGAACCACGUACCGCGUGGCCUGGAGGGAGGUGCGGAGGGAGGUGCGGCAGACCCACGCCGUGUGCUGCCAGGGCUGGAAGAAGCGGCAUCCCGGGGCACUCACCUGUGAUGAAGCCAUCUGCGCCAAGCCCUGCCAGAACGGAGGCGUCUGCGUUCGGCCGGACCAGUGCGAGUGCGCCCCGGGCUGGGGUGGGAAGCACUGUCACGUGGACGUGGAUGAAUGCAGGACCGGCGUCACUCUCUGCUCGCAUCGCUGCCUCAAUACGGUGGGCAGUUUCACCUGUGGCUGCCCGCCCGGCCUGGUGCUGGGCCCUGAUGGGCGCACUUGCGCGGAGGGGGCCCCAGAGCCCGCGACCAGUGCCAGCAUCCUCAACGUGGCCGUUCGUGAGGCUAGACCUGAUGAGCGUGCCCUGAAGCGGGAGAUUCGCGAGCUUCGAGGGCGCCUGGAGAGGCUGGAGCAGUGGGCCGGUCAGGCUGGGGCCUGGGUUCGAGCAGUGCUGCCCGUGCCCCCGGAAGAGCUGCAGCCCGAACAGGUGGCGGAGCUGUGGGGCCGGGGCGACAGGAUCGAGUCUCUCAGUGACCAGGUGCUGCUGCUGGAGGAGAGACUGGGAACCUGCUCCUGUGAGGACAACAGCCUGGGCCCAGGCCUCAAAGGGCGAAGAUAAGGAGCCUCUGCAGAGCCCCUGCCCUCUAAUUUAUACAGAAACUGGACUCACUAAUCCUCUGGGAUUGGCUGGCUAGGGAGCUGCAGAUAAGGCUAUUUGCUGCUGAGGAGCCAUGGACAAUGGAAACCGUGCGAAGCUAAAGAAUGGAGGAAGGUGGUUGCCGCCCCUGAAUCCUCCGGCUAGGGCCGAUGCCUGGGUGAGAACUGCUUUCUUAACUCCUUAACAAAAACAGCCAGAACGUGCCCAGAUCUCGCUCAAUCUUUAUUCUUGGUUUCUUGCUGUUAUCCAGAUAAUUAAUAAAAAUCAACC